CCUCUCUUCUCUGCCCCGAAGAUCGGUUGGGGCCGCCACCAGUUCGCCCCACCAGUGGGCGCCGCGGGUCGAGAUGCUCCUCCGGGACCUGGUGCUGCGCCGUGGCUGCUGCUGGCCCUCGCUGCUGCUGCACUGCGCGCUCCACCCGCUCUGGGGCUUCGUGCAGGUGACGCACGGUGAGCCCCAGAAGUCCUGCUCCAAGGUGACGGACACUUGCCAACACAUCUGCCAGUGCCGGCCCCCGCCUCCGCUGCCCCCGCCGCCCCCGCCCCCGCCGCCCCCCAGGCUCCUCUCCGCCCCAGUUCCCAACUCUACCUCGUGCCCCGAUGAGGAGAGCUGGUGGUCCGGGCUGGUGAUCAUCGUGGCCGUCGGCUGUGCCGCCCUGGUGUUCCUGACCGUGCUCGUCAUCAUUUGCUACAAAGCCAUAAAAAGGAAACCACUGAGAAAAGAUGAAAAUGGCACCAGCAUUGCCGAGUACCCCAUGAGCUCCUCCCAGAGCAACAAAGGGGUGGACGUGAACAGUGCGGUGGUGUGAGUCUACCCCCAGGCCCAGACCCGAUGGCCACAGGGACACCUUGGUGGUACUAGUGGACAUGGGAAGCCAAGUGGACACAAGCUGACUCCAGCUUGCCCAGGACUCCAUUGUCUUGUAGGCUUCGGGCCUUCUGAGGAGAACCCACCCUCUUCCCAGGCCAGCCCCGGCCAGCCCUCAGGCAGGGGCUGCAUGGACAUCAAGCUGAGCCUGGCCCCUGCAUGCAGCGCUGGGGCAGCGUCACACCUGAGGCUUCCACCUCCUCCUCAUCUUAUAUUUGGUCCCCUGACUGUCCCCCAGCUGCUACCUGAAGCACGCACUCUGAGGAAGACAGAGGGUCUGCCUGCUGGCCUGGGGAGGUGCCCCCUCUUUAGCCAAAAGAGAAGUGAUCCAAAGCCCGCCCCAGGCCCCGAACCCCUCCUCCAGGAAGCCCACCUGCUUCUCUGUGAACAUCCCAACAGAAGCCAUCGACACAGCCAUGAUACAGACKUCCCCUUUCAACGGUGCUUCCCACCCAUCUGUCCUUACCCCCCUUCUAUCGUCUUCAGUCUUCCCGGCCUGCUCCACCCUCUGUCCCCAGCCACACCUGGGUCCCGAGGUCCUGUCUGCCUGCCAUGGGGUGGUGAGCCCCACCUGCAGAUCCCCUAGAAGCAGCCAGAGGGGCUCGUCCACUCUGAGGCGGUGUGUCCCAGGAGCCUAGGCCAGGCCACGGCCACGGCCCCUGCACCUGCUCCCAGCCCCACACCUGGUCCCACAGGAACGAGCCCCCGUGUGAGCCAGGCCUUGCUGCAGAGGCAGAACCACCACACAUGCAGAUCCUCUGUGUCCCCCAGAGUCUCCCAAGGCCUGACCAUGGCACCCAGACCCUCUCCUGAGAGUCCCCAGAAAGAGGUGUUUCUGCCCAGUUUCUCCCUGUGAAUGUCUUCUCUGGGUCCCGUCCUCCGAGAGUCUCGAACCCUCCUGAGGGUGGGAAGGGAAAGGAGGGACCCUCCAGGCUCAGGGAACCCCCAGCCCUGCCAGCUGUUUCCAAGAUGGUCACCUGCCCUAGGGGGCUCAUUGCUGCGUCCUGGGAGGCCUGGAGAUUGUGCAUCCCUUGACGGUUAGGAGAGCACUGUGACCCCAUGGCUCCCUGCGUCACCCCCACACUUGCUCAGAAACUACUGGCCAUGUUCAAUGGCAGCACCCACUGGCCUCGUAGGGAUUAACUGGUUGCACCUGCUUUGCCACCUAAGUCACCACUGAGCUUCUCUGGCCAGUGUUUGGGCUGCAGGUGAGACUUUCAAAUCCAGGUAAGACUGUCAGCCGUGAAAAUCAGCCCCCAUUUGGGCUGAAAUGUCAUUGUCCUGGAGCCCAUGUGCCGCUGGAGCCRUGAGCCACUCUCCUGCCCCAGGCUGAUGGGCACAGCCCUGGGCAUGCCCUCCCAUGGGGGCCUUGUCUUCCUUCCCUCUCUUGGCUUGAGGACUUGGCUUGGGUUUGGACCUGGAUCUUGCUUCCCCAGCACCUAGGCAUUGGCACAGGGCUGCCUGUGGCCUUCAUGCUGGCUGCCCCUGUGCAGCACUCUAGGGACACAGUACUUGGUGACAAGCAGGCCAGAGGAAUAGGGGUAGGGAAGGUGAGAAUGCAGCAGAUCCCCCAGGGCACAUCCCCAUGGCCUGCACCUCCUGUGGUAUGCAAGCCACCGGUGUCCUGAACAGAUGCCUGGGGAGAUGCCCUAAACUCAUGCCACCUGGCCCCGCGMUACUCAGAAGCUCCAGAGCCAUGGGAGGUACCUUCAGCUGGAGGGAGGCCUGUGGCUACAGGGUCCUGGAAGGCUGGACCAGACCCAGGGAGGUUCAGCAUGGUGCAGCUUUCCAUGCCCACCAGGUACCACUGUCCCCAACUUUGGCUCAGGCCUAGCCCAAAUUUGACCUUUGGCCUACAGGAACCGUGACUGAGCUGUCUGUUGUGCUUUGGCCUCUGAGACAUCCAGGGCUUGGGUUGGCACGUGAACCCCCUCACCUUUGCUUGUGAAAUCCCUUCUUGCCCAGGGAGAGAAAACCCAGGAGGAGCCCCCCUUGUCAAAAGGGUUCACUGGAGAGCAGCCCCCCACCCAGGGCUGGCCAUUCAGAGGAUACACAAUGCAGAGAGUGAGGCCACCAGAAAUUUAGCCCUAAGACCAAAGGGCAUGUGAGCUCAGGACGUUUUGCUUUAAAAUGGAUCUGUGGUGCUCAAUGCAGGCCCAUCCUCAGAUGAGGCCGGGCUCAGAGGCCAAGGAGGAAACGCAUGCUCCUGAGCAUUUUCUCAGAUGUCUUCAGCCAUCUUGAUGGGGAGAAAACCAAUGGCAUUUAGGAUCUGCCGGAGUCAUCAGGUGUUCCUAGAAGCUUCUAGAGGAAGUUUGGGAAGAAAGACUAAUAGGUGUA